AUGGAAGUAAUACCGCAAGGUAAUCACCACAGAAAGGUGAGUAUUUCCCUAAAUGUCGCUUAAAAAUAUUUUUUUUUGUUUUUAUAGCUCUAAAUGCUUAAAAAAGCAAGAUUUUUUAAAUUUUAAAUUAAAAAAUGUUACCUAAAAUACAAAAAAACUCUAAAAAUCAUGCCCAAAACCACCUUUCCAGCCCAUUAACGGUAAAUCGUUGAACGAGACGGAGAAGUGGCCCAGCCUCACCGAAGCAGUUCAAUAUGAGCCAGUUUUGAAUGGAGUAUGCUUGGUCCACAAGCAGGUGAGUACAAAUGAGAAAAAGAAGGAGGGGGGGGGGGAAUAAGAGUUGGCAGGAUUCGAUGACAUUCGAACAGCUGCGGUUUGUGAGGACGUUAGCGACAAUUUUAAUAAGUUCUACGAGGAAGGGCAAUGUCUGUGCGAUUUUUACUAAUUUUUUCAUUUUUAAUCACUUUUCUUUGCACUUUUAAAUGGUUUAAAACUAUUAUAGACUAAAAUAUUUUUUCACCCGCCAAAAAAUAUUUUUAAACUAACCAAAAAUUGAAAAUGCUAUUUUUAAAAACAAGUUCUGGUCCCUACAAUAAUGUUGCAUUUAUUGUAUUCGGAAACGCUUAAAGAGUGCGCAAACCUUGUUUUGUUUGUACGCCCUGAGGGGGGCUUCUUUAUGAGGUCCCCCAUCAGUAAGGGACCAUGUGAUAAAUGUGACUCUUUUUCUUUUGCUUAUUACUUGUUUUCAGCGUUUUAUAUAUAACUGAAGAUUUUUUGAUUAGCCUUGACCUUUACGCCAUUCUUUCUUACUUUAUAGUACUAUAUAAGGCAGUAUGGUAAUAUAAUACUUUGUAUUUUAAUGUAAAUUAGAUUUUAUACCUAAACUCCUUAAAAUUCCACAAAAUUUCAUAAUUUCAAAUUGUUUUUUAGCAGUUUUAACUCUCAUAGAUAGUUCAAAACAAGAUUUCAUUAAAAUUUCAAAAUUUCAAGGCUAAAUUGAACGGGAUCGGAGCAGAGCCAGAAGCGGACGACGCCGAUCCGCGUGCCAAACAAAACGCCAAGCACAGUUGGAAAAAGCUGGAUAUCGACAUUCACUACAAGAAUCGCGAGGCCGUGUCCCCGUCCGGGCCGGCCAAACGAUCACGCUACGACAAGUUUGGGCGGCCGCGCACCGUGCGCCGCUCCAAAAAAGAUAAUGCGGCUGUUAAGGAACCGAAAAACUUGGGAACGACGAUAACCGAUGAGGAUGAUACGGAGGAGCAGGAUUACUGGUAGGGUUUAUAAAAUUUUUGAAGGUAGAGAUCAGAAAAUGAAAAAUUUUAAAAAUUACUGGUUGAACCAAAAGUAGCGGGACAAUUUUCAUGUAUUUCUCAAAUAAAAGUGUCCCGAUACUUUUGGUACAACCUAUAAGAUUAAAAAUGAUUAAUUAGGUUGUUCAACUAAUUCCCUGCCCCUUUCAAAGCAAAUUUUUGAGGUUAAAGAGCACAGUAUUAGUUGAACAACCUAACAAAAUCCCACUUUAUAACCAACAAAUAUCCCGUAGAUGUCAUCAAACAAAAAUCUUCCAUAAACUUUUUGCUACAUCACGAACGUAGUCCCUUUUUUGUUUUGACUAUCACGGAAUAGCACCGGAGCUUGGGAUUUAAAUUCAAAUUUGCGAUUAAUUUGGCCACUAACGUUUCUGUCUUUCGUUAUUUUGUAAAAUAGUGUUUAUAACCUUAUUUGUUACUUUACAAAGUUAUGAAAAAAUCUCCAAAACCUAAUCGAGACAGGUAUUACUAUUGUGAUUAUAGGUAGGUUAACAAGUCAACUUUUUCUAUUUACUGUCUUGUAUGGCAACGUUACUUUAUGGUAUUGUCUUGUAUAGUAUUAACUUUAACUGUUUCGUACUCAAAGUAAAGUACCAUUUACUUGAGUAAAAGUACAAGGCUUAAUAGUUACCCUUUAUUUGAAUAAAUAGUAUUAUUUACUCAAGUAAAGGCACAGGUCAUUAUGAAAGUUCACUAAGAACACUGAUAAUAUAAACAAAAUGCAUGUUGCCUUAAUAUACGGAAAAAAUUAUUUUAUUGUUUUGUAAACAUGUUCUCAAUCAAAAAGCGAUAAAAUGUUUGAUUACGCAGGGUUACAACGUGACAGCGAUUAGUCAGUGCAAAGUACUGUCGAAAAAACGUUGGUUCCUGUUGCGGAUAGGCCACUUUUAUGACUUCAUAAAGUUUUCAAAGCUUAACAUUACUUGCAGUUUUGAUAAUGAAAGUUUUUUGCCCAAAUGUACCUUAAAUUUUAAAUAAUUUAAAUUUUUUAGUUAUAAAAAUUUUUGCAGAAGUUUUACUGUACACUAAAACAAUAAAAUUUUCUUUAUGUUGCCUUAAAGUUAUAUCUUAUUCCAUAUUUACUUUCCAAAUUUCGUAAAAAUGUGACGUAUUUUCGGCCACAUAUAAACAACCAUGCUCAAAGGUCCUCAGGCAGCACCCCCAAAACAAACUAUUAUAUUUUAUCGUUCCUUUGUAUGCUAAUUACUUUUUUCUCCAUUUUGCACGCAAAUAUUUAGACGCUGCUUCCCUUCUCGUCGCCUACUACAAUUCCGAUUUGUUCAUAAAAUCAAAAGCGUUUUUCAGCUUUUUCUUUUGAAUAUUUUGGGCACUACGUCAUUGUCCUCUCUCAUUCUUGGCCACCCUCCUGUUUUCCCUAUCUUCAGCUACUUGUUUCUCGGCUUUACGGCAUUUUUGUGGAAGGGAAUGGGCCGAGGGAACCACCACCUCUUCUCGUCCCCUGUUUUUCCUUUUUUUUAUAAAAUGCUGUGGGCCUCCUUUUUAUACCGUGUCUCUCCCAGCAUCUUUUUUAGCACAACGUUCUUCUCCUUAUUUGAAUGAAAAUUGAGCGUUCUCCAACGUUCUUUUCGUACUACCGUUAAGAUACUGACGUGUAUUACGACCACAGAAAACGGAUAUAAAGGGGUUUACGGGGUAAUAUGCCUUUAAUAUUAAUACCUGGGGCCCAAAACAUGUCGUUAAUAUUAAUACGAAGAAAACGAUGGUUAAAAUAAAAUAUUGUUUACCGUAAAGUGAAAAAUUUCAAAACAAUUUUUGUUCUCCAAGUUUACGCUCAAAAAGUCCAUUUGCAGGUAUUUUGAUAACACGUCGAACGGUUUUUACUACCAACAUUCUGGCACCCAAGGCUGGAAACGGUCUAACGGUGUGUUAGACGCCCCCACCGCUGAAACGUAUCCAGUAGAGUCCGUGGUGACAUUCGUACCCGACGAAUUUGUCACUCCGUACACCGAACUUGACGAUUCACUUCCGUUGGAUUCUGGCGAAGAAACAGAAGAAAAGGAACAGGAAGAGAUAAAUGAGAUAGAGGACGCUCAAGAAGACGAGAACGAAAUGUCGUACCCACCAACUAAUGGCGUAAGAUUUUUGAUUUUAAAAAUGUUUAUAAGUUUAAAAUAUUUUUAUUUUUUUUUAGUUUAUUUUAUUACUAUCACCUAACAUUAAGGUCACAGACGUGCCACUAGUUUUUGUUUAGUUUUUUGAAUAAUUAACACAAAAAAGAUUAGCAUCAAAAAUUUUGGGCGCUGUUUACGUGUUCUCGUUUUUUUUGGCGACAAAAAAUUAAGACCCAGCCAGUUCGUUUCCCCGAAAUCAAUAGAAAAUAGGCCUGCGAAAGAAUUGAUAGUGGCGUUUCGUCUCUACAGUGGCAGCCCAAAAACUCUUCGUUUUUUUGCGUUUUCUUGUUUUCUAGGUUUAUUUGUUGUUGAAUUUUGUAUAGGAUCCCGGUUUGUUGUUAGAAAAUAUGGUUGUAGAGGUAAGAUAUAAACUUAUAACAAAACAUAAAAUUUAUGCUCUGAUAACUUUACUGGAUUUAUAUUUUUAGGUAGUUAAUGCAAAUGCUGGUUUGAGAAAUGGCCCUCCUCGCACUACAAACGUUGGUGUUGGACAUUUCAGACAAAGUAACAGAGGAAAAACAGAUAACAAACAUGAAAGUAUGUAAAUUUUUAUUUAUCAUAUUGAGUUUAGGAAGUUAUUACUUCUCAGAUGAAACAAUUAAUGCAUAAUGGCAUUUUAGACAGACAAAAUGGUGGUCAAAGGAGGAAUUUCAACAACAAACCACAGAAUGAGCAAUGGAAUAAAAAUACGAAUCCAUCACCACAAGCUCCACCACAAGUAAAACGUCAAGAAAGUGCACCAAAUGACAAGCAGAAAGCAUUUUAUCAACGAAACGAUAGAUGGCAAGCUAGAAAUCCACAGCCAGCAGCACAAAAUGGCACACAACCUCCUUUGGCAGCUCAGAGAGGCCCUCUACCUGACUGGGAUGAAGUCACAGAGGCUGCUCAGGACGGUGGCUUUGAUUACAUGGAGUUGAUGGAGUCACAGUAUUCACAUCUAUGUGCGAUGAUAACAUUGCCUCCAUUCGACCCUACAAUGGCUAUGAAAGCUAAUCAAAUGCCAUAUAUGGUUCCAUUUGUGCCUCAAAAUGGUGCACUUUUCCGUGCUCCAGUUGUUAAUGCUGGACCUCCUCCACAAGCGCUUAACGCCACUACGAUGCCACAUCCAGGGCUUCAAGCCGCAGCACAAGCUGCGUUGGAUAAGCGUCUAAAAGCACAUGGAAAACCACAAGCGACGACAUCAACAGAUUCUCGACCAGAAUCUGCGGCUUCAUCGAUAACAUCGACAGUACCGACUCCUAACGCGUUACUGUCGCCUAACGGUGUACCACCAGUUGCUAGACCACCAGGAGUACCACCAAUGUUACAGCCUUUUUACCCAGCGUUCUCUGGAGUAGCACCAGUUCCGCUAUUAACUGAAUUCAGAAAUGAAGACAUUAAGGCAGUUUUAUGUAAACAAAUGUAAGUUUUUUAAAGAAGAAUAAAGGUUUUACUAAAUAAAAAAAUCAAAAUUUUUUAUUGCUAGUGCCAUUUUUUGAGUAUAUCAUAAUUUAUAUUUUUAGUGAGUACUACUUCUCAGUCGACAACCUACAAAAAGAUUUCUUUUUACGUCGUCGUAUGGACAAAAACGGUUAUCUGCCACUGACGCUGAUCUCGAGUUUUCCACGGGUUUCAAAUUUAACACGGGAUCUGAGCGUGAUUGCCAACGCCUUAAUGGACAGUGACAAAGUUGAGUUGGAUAGUCAGAAUCUACGAGUAAGGACCAGAUUCAAUCCCGAGGAAUGGCCAAUGGAGUUUUCAAGCCAAAAAUCGUUGGAUGAAGAAGUCGAUCACAGAAAGGAAGAGACCACGUCAAAAGAAGGGACCAGUUCGAAAGAAGAGAGUGCCUCGAACGAAGAGACGACGAAGAAGGUAGAGGAAGACACGAAAGCUGUGGCGGAUGAACCAAAAAGCAGCGAAGACGAUGUAAGAUAGUUUAAUAAGUUUGAUGACUAAUAUAAUAUUAAAGUGCAAAUCAAAACAUCAUAGUUUUAAUUUUUUUAAAAUUUUAUUUUUACAUAAUAAAAGUGCUUUUUUAGGAGGUUUUUGAAGAACAAAAUGAAAAAAGCACAGAUGUCACGCCACCAUCAGAAGCCUCGGCCUCCUCUACUCCACGGGUAUCGUAUUCAACAGUAGCUCAACAAGCACAAAAGGAAAAGACCCAGAGUGUGUCAAGUCAGUCCAAAUCACAACCACAAACCCCAGUCAAAUCUAAACAAAACCGAAAUGAAAACCCACGAACGCCUCGUGGCUCCAAAUCUCAACGAACUCAAAGUCCAAAGCCCGAAAAGGUGGAACAAGAUGAGGAAGUUAAGGAAGGAGAAAGCGAUUGGCAAGAAGUAGCACCAAAGAAGAAGAAGAAGCCGUCGAAAUCAGAAGGAAGCGGCCGAAGACGCCGCAAUGUUGAGAAGGAUGUGGAACGGUCGGAACGUAAAAAAUCGACCGCUCCAGCCGACAACGAGGAUAACACGGUAGAAGAGAUGCCAGAUCAACACAUUAAGAAGCUGAUUAUUCUCACUCAAUCUCCUGCGACAAAGAGUAAAGAUAAGAGGUUGAUGAGCGAGGAAAUCGAGCACAACUUGAGAAAGUACGAGGAAGCUCUGUGGCAAAAGGAAGGUCGUGAGGAUGUAAGUUUUUUUGUAUUGAACUAAUAUUUAGGGUUUUUAUGUUAAAAACGGUUUUUUUAAGCAAGCUUUUGAAAAGAAAUUUUUUUUAAAUUUUAGGCCAAGCGCGAAGACGAUAAACAGUCAAGCGAAACUUCAAGCGAAACCUCAUCAAACAGUAAUGAAAACAAGGACUCGAAGAAUGCCGGUUCAGUUUGGGCCAAAAAAGCGUUGGAGAGAGCUGCCGCAUCGGCCGCUAUGGUAAGUUAUAUUUAUCAAAAUAAAAAAAAAUUUCAAAAACGACGCGCCGCGACGUUUAUAAUUUUUAGAGCAAUUUUAAUAUCUUAAAACUGUUUAAACUGCUAAAAAAUUAAAAUAUAACUCUAUGUUUCAGCCCCGCAGCCCAAUUGCCAAACGUGAACAACAAGAAUCCAAAGUCUCACGGUAUUAUCCAGUUCACAACAAAGAAAACAAGGAAGUGAAGAAGGAUAACAAGGAGUUGAAGCAUCAGGUUUCUGUUGAUCCUACACCUGUUUUGAAUGUUGGAUGGGUGUUAGGAGCUCGGUCAAGGAACAACUCGGUUAUUACUGCGUAAGGAUGUUCAAAUGUUACCUAAAAAGUUUUUUUUUGUAUUUUAGGCCAUGUUUAGAUAGUCUGUGGCUAUGUUUAGGUAGAUUUCAGUUACAAUUUUAUAAUUAUAGAGACAUCGUGGCUUUUCUACGUAUUCUAGAGACAAACAGAUAUUUUGCGUUGCCGUACUAAACCUUAUCCUUUCAGUGACGAACAGUCAGUGAGUGUAUCCCAACCAAACUCCGUCCAUCCAUCGGUCGGCCUCUUCCAGGAGAGCGGCUUCGAAGAGCAGGUCUAUUCGGAAUGGAAAGCCAGAUGUAUGGAACAGCGAAAAGCCUGUGGUUACGAUGUUCCAGAAAUGAAUACAUUAUACCGGUUCUGGUCAAUGUUCUUGAGGUCAAACUUCAACCGAAACAUGUAUACUGAGUUCAGGAGGCUGGCCUUGGAGGACGCUGAUGCUGGGUAAGUUGGAGUUAAAACAUUAGAGUAGGGUAUGGGUACUGUAGGGAUAUAAUAAAAUAGUGUUUGGCUAUGGUGAGACUUGGGUUGAGGGGGAGAAAGAAGAAGAUAGAGAAAGGUAAAGUAAGGCUAGAGUAUGGUAGGGUAGAGUAUGGUAGGGUAGAGUAGGGUAGGGUAGGGUAGGGUAGGGUAGGGUAGGGUAGGGUAGGGUAGGGUAGGAUAGGGUAGGGUAGGGUAGGGUAGAGUAGGGUAGAGUAGGGUAGGGUAGGGUAGGGUAGGGUAGGGUAGGGUAGGGUAGGGUAGGGUAAGGUAAGGUAGGGUAGGGUAGAGUAGUAAUGUCAACUACGCUAUGACAUCUCUAGCAUCCCUUAUAAUAAUUCUAAUUUUGCCAAUUUUCAGCUUCCGUUACGGUAUCGAAUCCCUCUUCCGAUUCUACUGCUACGGUUUGGAAGAAAAGUUCCGUCCUCCACUAUACGUUAGCUUCCAAAACGAUCUGUUGGACGAUGUGAAGAAGCGUCACAAGAACUUUGGACUGGAGAAGUUCAUUCAAUUCCAAAAGCGUUACAAGUUCGCCAAGCAAUUGGACGUGAACACUGAAUUACAAAAGGAAAUCAAAAAGUUUGAGAAGACCGGAGAGUACAAGAUUGUAAGUUUUUAGCGUAGUAAAAUGCCUACGAUCAUAGUAAAAACAAUAGAGAAGGCUUUGUAAAGCCUAAAAAUUUAAAAAUUUUCAAAAAUAGAUGAAAGAAUAAGCCCUAAUCAUAAGAUAAAUGGCCUUUAAACUCAAAAUAAAGCUAAAAAAUUUAAAGAUAAACCUUUCAGUUCAUGCACAACUUCAAGAAAGACCGUGAAGGCGUGUCGGCUAUCCAGAACUAG